AUGGCGGAGGCGAGGAUUCUUCUUUUACUUCUUCUCCCCCCAUCACGCAACCUUGAACACCACCAGGGGUCUACCAGCCAGGAACAAGGGGGGGUGGGUGCCAUGCACCCUAAGCAACGCAGCGGUGCGCUAUCUGGGGUCCAAUGGGUCCUCGACCGAUUGGAUCGUUGCGUUGCCGCUAUGUAUGUCGCGGCCCCAAGAAAUGUCUGCGAGGAGGCUGCUUACCUACGUGGUUUACGAACCAGAACAUCCAGCUUCUGCACAUGUGCAUGUGGAUGCGGUCCCCUACCCUCCAUACCUACCCUGUCCCGGCCUGACUGUCGGGUGGUGCGUCUUUCGCAUGCGCCGCGCGCCUUAUAUAAUUCCAUUCAACCCGUUGCAAAUCAUCAUGGCGUAGCUUGGGUUGCCUUACACAUCACAACACCUUCCAGACGCACAGCCAGGUAA